CUUAUUCCCUUUUGGGGUGGGGGGGUUGCUGUGGCCUAUCUAAGCUACAAUCUGGUGGAAGGCGGGGUACACCAUGGACAAGUCGACACCUCAUCGCUGGGCCAACACAGCUAGACAACAUUCACACACUAGGGCCAAUUUAGUGUUGCCAAUCAACCUAUCCCCAGGUGCAUGUCUUUGGAAGUGGGAGGUACCCGGAGGGAACCCAGCAUUCACGGGAAGGACAUGCAAACUCCACAAAGAAAGAUCCCGAGCCUGGAUUUAAUAUAGGACUGCAGGACCCUCGUAUUGUGAGGCAGAGGCACUAACGCCUCUUCCACCUAAAGCCCAGUUCGAUUUUUAUUGUCACAUUUUUUAUUGAAUUUUUUUUUUUACUUAAUAUGAAACCAGCAAUGACGGCGUUGUGAGAAAUAAACUGAUAGACGAAGUUUAAAAUGUACGAUGGACAUUGAAAGCACCGUAUUGGGCGUCUUGUUUGUGUUGUCUCUCGGGUUACUAUGGCGUUUACACAUGGUUAUAACUGACGUCAUAGAGGACCAUGAUCAGAAAGUGGCGCAUUCGUAGUUUCGAGCACUAUCGCCGGAGCAAAAUCCAUCUUUUCGCGGGUUUACAUAUUUUCGGUGUAACGAGAGCAGGGGUUGACGGAUCUACUGGGGGACACGCUCACUGUUAGUCGCAACAUGGAUAACGAGCUUAGACCAGCAGAUGGUUCUCCUCUGCAGAGGCGAGCAGUUUUGACCACGCAAUGGGACUCUCUGGAGUCCAACACAGAUAACUUGUCCCAGGAGAGCAAACAGCAUCUACAAAUGCACACUGAUGAAUAUAUGCUGAUUCAAGGGAAUACGUUGGACAUCUUGAAGGGGAAAGACUGGGAGGAUGCAGUUGCAGGUGACACAAAUGAAGAUUUCCUGCUUUCUGAUGGCAUUGAAGUUUCAGCACAGCCCCACACGAAGAGGAAACCUGUAAUUGACACCCACAUAAGUCAGCUGGACACCUUUGAUUCCUACUCAGAAUUGUGCUGCAACCCCAACUGGAGGAUCAACAAAGAGGGAGAUGCCAUGAACUCUGCCCAGAAGCGUCACUACUCUUCUAGUCCGUUGCAGAAACCUUUCAUAGGAGAAUACAGAUACAUCUCUGACACAAGUUCAGCGGUGGUAUUCACUCCUAAUAUUGCUGGCGAUCAGUGUCAGCCAUACCACCUACACCCCCAAGAUGACUAUGUUUGCUCAAUAAAAACAUUUCACACACCUUUGGGUGAUAUAUCACCAAAGUGUAGCUCUUCUAAUAUAGCUACUAAAGCCAAUAGUGACAACACUUCCCAUAGGCAUUUCAAAGAGACCCUUCAGAACAACUGCCAUUUGGAUGAAAAUGUCAAUAGAUCUCUUGAGCUGACAGAGCAUUCUAUGCACUCGAAAGAAUAUAAGACUGACAACCAAAAUGGUCUAAAACACAUACCAAGAGAAUUAGUUCCAAUAUCACCCACAACAGAGAGCCCCAAGACUCUUAGAAAGAAAAAGAGGCAAAUACAGAAAGAGGACCUUGUACGACGUAACAAAAUAACGCUGGGUCGCAUCGCACCUAGUCUCGGAUCCUAUGUGAAUAUGCAUGCGCUCAAGCAGAAAAGGCCUCACGCUGUGAAAGAGACUACUGAGAAGGGACACAUUGCUGAAUGUCCAAAAGACCUAGAACUGGAACUGAUCCAGAAAACACAUCAAUUGAAGGUCACCAAUUUCACCGAAGAAAGUGAGGCACAGGGGAAUAUGGAACCAUACUACAGAAGCACAGAGAAAAGUCCAGAACGUACAACUCCAUCAAAAUGCCAAUUUCCUGGUAUGGACAGCGAACAGAAGUGUUGUCUGGAGGAGAGUGCAAAGACAACUGACAGCCUCCAUUGUCCCAGCUUUGAUGGCUGCCUGGCGCCGAUGGAUCAUCAGACAAGGGCAAAGCCUAAUUACAAGGCAUACAGCUUGAACGAAUACAAGGAGUUGAAGCUAGAUGUGAAUCUGCAAGGCCUGGGACCUGACUACAUGGCAGUUAAAAAGUGUGCUGAGAAGAUGAAACAACAGAAGCAGUAUUCAAAUGUGGUCCGUGAGAGGAACAAAAACCUCAGUAAAAUACCUUUCAUAAUGCCCAAGGAUCCAGUAGUCAAAGACAAGAGAAUUGCCAGGAUUAAGGCUUUGGAGUAUGCUAAGACCAUAGCUAAGCCACUCGUUCAGCCACAGUCAAAAUCAAGUCGCAAUCAACAGUCAGGAGGGUCUACCGGACACACUACUUCCUUCAAAGACUGGGACAUUGCACAACUGGCCACAGUGGAUCUUCUGAUGAAACGCCACCAAGAAGAAAAGGAUGCAGUCUUCAGAAAAGUGCAAGCUACUUGAGGUCAUCUGCAAAUCAUCUUCUCGAAGACAAGCUGGAGUUAGUUAUGGCUGCAAUUAACACCUAAUGAAUGUAAAGGGGUUUUUGAUCCCUUGUCCCCCACAGAAAGACAUGACAAGUUCAUAACUUUAUGGUAGGUGUAUUUUACAGACACAAUAUUAACAGAAUCUUAUGAUUUUAAUUGUAUUGGGUCUGGUUAUAUAUGUAUUUGAUCCUCCUGCAACCACAAUAAUUCUAGAAUUGCAUGAAGCACUAAAAUUUGUCCUGUCCCUUCAGCUAGGAACUCCAAAAGAAGAGCAUUUAAGACAAUAGUCCGAUCCCCUCACUUGGGAGCUUCUUGCAAUAUCUCACUUUGGAAUAAGGAUAAUUCUAAGAAAAUUGUGUGAGCUGUCCAAAAUUACCAUCAUUUCCACUACAUUUUUCCACAGGCUUGAACCAUGCGCUUUAUACAAUGCUGCAGCUAAUUUAUGGAUUUUUCCGCGUUAACGAGCUUCACAUGCCACCAAUUAAUUUAGCCUCGUCACAUCAGACAAAUAAAACUGCUCACAUUGAAUCAAACUGACUGACACAAUCAUUCAGUCAGCCAUUUAGCGUUAUGGACUCACCGUCGUUAUAGAGACACGUUGAAAUGCUUGAAGACUAUUGUCAUGGCCGUUGAAAAAGGAAACAGCCGCCGCACGGAACUGAAAACCGCCACCACUAAACGACUGCCACGCACCAAAGAAGAUGACUUCAGGUGACUGUAAGCCAAGUUAAAGACACUGUAUUGUGUAAAAUUUGUGAAUCAAUCAAUCAAUCAAUCAAUUUUUAUUUAUAUAGCCCUAAAUCACAAAUGUCUCAAAGGACUGUACAAAACAUUACGACUACGACAUCCUCGGAAGAACCCACAAAAGGGCAAGAAAAACUCACACCCAGUGGGCAGGGAGAAUUCACAUCAAGUGGGACGCCAGUGACAAUGCUGACUAUGAGAAACCUUGGAGAGGACCUCAAAUGUGGGCAACCCCCCCCUCUAGGGGACCGAAAGCAAUGGAUGUCGAGUGGGUCUAACAUGAUACUGCGAAAGUUCAAUCCAUAGUGGCUCCAACACAGCCGCGAGAGUUCAGUUCAAAGCGGAUCCAAGACAGCAGCGAGAGUCCCGUCCACAGGAAACCAUCCCAAGCGUAAGCGGAUCAGCAGCGUAGAGAUGUCCCCAACCGAUACACAGGCGAGCGGUCCAUCCUGGGUCCCGACGAGCGGUCCAUCCUGGGUCCCGACGAGCGGUCCAUCCUGGGUCUCGACUCUGGACAGCCAGUACUUCAUCCAUGGUCAUCGGACCGGACCCCCUCCACAAGGGAGGGGGGGGGGGACAUAGGAGAAAAAAGAAAAGAAGCGGCAGAUCAACUGGUCUAAAAAGGAGGUCUAUUUAAAGGCUAAAGUAUACAGAUGAGUUUUAAGGUGAGACUUAAAUGCUUCUACUGAGGUAGCAUCUCGAACUGUUCCCGGGAAGGCAAUGAACACAAACGCUUGUGUGGAUUGUUUCAAUGAGUACACCUACUUCUGCCAAUAUAUGUACAGUCUAAAAAAGAGGUGGAUGUGGAUCAUAUUUAGGUGCGCUCUGAAGCUCGUAAAUUUGAUGAGUGAGAGCUGAGACAACUGUCACCAUAAACAUUGUGGGUAA